AUGAAUCAAGAUAUAUUAAUCAAUGCAGACGGCACCAUUGAUUGGAGUGAGGGAGAAACAAUAACAACCAUAAAAGUUUAUCUAAAUUUGUCUGAUAUAAUAGUUAUAUCAAAAAAUUAUGAUCAAAAUUAUUUAAGAGAAUUACAAGAAACUAGAAUUAAUUCUGAGGUUAAUGUAUUUACUAGUAAUGAAUAUAAUCAACUUCAUUUAGCAGUUAGUUCAUAUGGUGAAAUUUUAGCAAGUAUAAUAAACUUUGAUGAAAUAUUAGAAGAUAUGAAUAGUGUAGAAGAAGGGGUAUCUUUUUAUAGGAAAAGGUUAAUAAGAAUAUGUAAUAUUACACUAUCUGGUUUGGAAAGAAUUAUUGAAGAUGGUGAAAUUAAUAAACGAUCUACAUAUGCUGCAUUUUUUGGAAUAUUUUAUAAAAAUAACUUUUUUGUUAAUAUAACAUUUGAUAAUAAUAUGUUUGAUAGUCAAAAAAUAAAAAAAGAAGGGUUAUUUCAGGAAGGAGAGGUUGACAUUAUAUCUUUACAAUUACAAAUUCAUUUUUCUUUCACCCUUAAUUUUAAAUUUACAAGUAAUUGGGAAAAUUCAAAGAAAGGAGUAAAUAUGUUAAGACCUAUUGAAAAUGGGGUAUUAUUUAAUACAACAGACUGCUUGAUCUUAUUUAUAUUCUCCAAUAAUCAUGAUAUUUAUAACAAUUUAUAUUGUAAUAAACAAAAUUCAAUUUCAAAAUAUAGAAAAUAUCAACAGUGGUUGAUGUCAAUAGACUAUUUAGAUUUUGAACUUAAGACACUACAUGAUGGUUGUGAAAUUUCAUCAUUCAAAAUAAAAUGUCUUAAAUCAUGUUGUAAUGUGAAAAAUAAUGAAAAUAAAAAUAUUAUUUGUGAAGAGAAGGUGGUAUAUGUUAAAAAUUUAUUAAUCGAUUUAAUAGAUAUAAUUUAUCGGAAGAAAAAAAAAUCUGGUACAUUUUAUAAUUUAGAUGAUUUUCAAAUGGAUUUGAUAAAUAUUUGUGAAAAGAAAAAAAGUAUUGCUUUUAAAAUUACAGUUUUAUAUAGAGUAUUGAUAAAUAAUAAUGAAUUGACAUAUAAUGUAAUAGAAUUCCAUGCAAUAUUUAAUUUUAAUUUAAUGUUAAUUAAAUCGACCUUGUUAUCUUGUGUCAAAAUUUCAAACCAUCAAGCUCAAGAAAGCAAAUUUUGGUAUGGUAAAAAGAACAACUCAGAAACAUAUCAUAAAACACCAGAAGCGCAUAUUUUUGAUAAUAGUGAACAAUUAAAUGGUGAAAGUAAAAAUUUACUAAUUCCAUUUUAUAAAAAUAUUAUUCUUGCAAUGUAA